CGGCCUGCCCUUGCGCCCAGCCCCCGCCGCACUUCCCCGUUCCUUUCCUUUCUGACAGAUCUAGUCUCGCGCGCUGGCGCGCUGGCCGAGAACCUCUCCGAACGCUGAAGAGAGAAUGUGGCGCGCGCAGGAAGGGGCCGGCCGCAGCAUCAGGGCCGGCGCUGUCGUCCGCCUCCCUUUCCCCAGGCCUCGGAGCUGAGGCCCGAAACCAGAGCGCGGGGCAGCGCGGCUCCCUGGCCCCGGGCAUGGAGGCCCCGGAGGCUGCACCCGCUCAGGCUGAGGGCGCGGAGCCGGCGCCUUGGGCGCACCUAGAGGCCCCCGCCCGCCUCCUGCUGCAGACGCUGCAGGCGGGGCCCGACGGGGCGCGGCGCGGCUUGGGAGUGCUGCGGGCUCUGAGCGGCCGCGGCGGGGAGCCCUUCGGCUGGGACCGCGUCUUCGAGGCGCUGUGCCGGGAGGAGCCAGUCGUGGAGGGCCCGGACUGUCGCCUGGAGCUGAAACCACUGCUGCUGCGAUUGCCCCCGUUAUGCCAGAGGAACCUGAUGUCCCUACUGAUGGCUGUUUGGCCGUCGCUGCCCGGAAGCAGUCUCCGCCCUGUGCUGCAGAUUUUGCGGCAGGAUCCAAGCCCCGACCCUGACCCCUGGCUCCGGGCCCUUGGGGAAUUUCUGCGAAGGGAUCUGGGUGUUGGGGUCUCCACUGAGGGAGUGUCCCCACUGUCUAAAAGGUGCCAGAGACAGCUCCGAGGCCUGUGUAUGCAGCUGGGCCAAGGGGGCAGGAAGUUGAAGUUGCCCCAGGCUCCAGAUCCCGAAGGGACAGAACAGGAGGAGGACAAGGACUCCCAGCGGCCUGGGAAACGCAGAAAGGAAGCGGAGGAAGAGCCUGCCAGUCCUGAGGGGGAGAGGGCCCCCAAAAGGCUCCGGUGUUUGGAAAAGGAAGAAGAAGAAAGUCAUGAGGAAAACAGACCUGAACAUGCGUCUUUGGAAUCCCUGGCCAAUGGAGGAGGUGCAUCGUCCAUUAAGAACCAGCCUGUUUUGGGGGCUAAGCCCAGUGAGGCUGGUCAGAGUCUAGAGGAUGCUAAGGGCCUACCUGAGAGUUUGGAGUUGCCCAGAGCUAUCCAGGAACAAGUUCCCAGGCUGCAGCAGCUGCUCAAGACCCUCGGGAAGGGGUUGGAAGGGCUGGAGGGCACCCCACCAGUUGAGCUGCAGCUUCUCCACGAAUGUAGUCCUGGCCAGGGCAGCUCUCCCCACCUUACCUUACUCUGGAGUGUCCUGGCCCUGCCCCUUCUGCUGCCUCGUUGGAUUGAGACAGCCCAGCAGAGACAGGCUGAGUGUCCCGGUGUCCUCCCUCCGCCUUGGCAGGUGGACCUGGUGUGUGCCCAGCUGCAGCUCCCGCAGCUCUCGGACACAGGUCUCCUGCAGCUCUGCACCUGGCUGCUGGCCCUUUCACCAGACCUCAGCCUCAGCAUUGCUACUGUGCUGACCAGGAGCCUCUUCCUUGGACGGAUUCUCUCCCUGACUUCCUCAGCCUCCCGCUUGCUCACAACUGCCCUGACCUCCUUCUGUACUAAGUACACCUACGCCGUCUGCAGAGCCCUCCUUGGCCCUGUGCUUCAAGCCCCAGGAAUAGGUCCAGCUCAAACAGAGUUACUGUGUUGCCUUACAAAGGACGAGGCCCUGGAGCCGGACAUGCAGGCUCUAAUGCUGGGACAGAUCUUGGAGCUGCCCUGGAAGGAAGAAACUUUCUUGGUGUUGCAGUCACUCCUGGAGCGGCAGGUGGAGAUGCCCUCUGAGAAGUUCAGUGUGUUGAUGGAGAAACUCUGUAAAGAGGGGCCAGCAGCCACCACGUCCAUGGCCUAUGCCAAGCUCAUGCUGACAGUGGUAACCAAGUAUCGGGCCAAUAUCAGUGAGCCCCAGAGGCUGGGCCUGGCUGCAGCUCUGGAGCUCAAUACCACUUUCCUGAAGAAGUCCCUGCAGGCUGCCCUGAGACAUCUGGCCCCCUGACCAUCCACCAAGGGACCACCCUCUCAGACCUCCCUCAUCAGAUUCCCGAAGGACACUUCUGCCCUGAGCACCUCAUCCUGCCCCUUGCCUGGGGGUCAGGGCUGAGCCUGGCCAUCCCAGGGGUCAACUGUCUCCCUGCUCCAGGCUGCAGAGAGGCCAUCUGGGCCUCCCAGCCAGCAGGAAGGGUCUGGGGCUAAGGGGGCUGGGUGAGUUGUACUACCAAGAGCUGCUGAGCCUGGGCUGCCUCCUUGUCAUUUCUACCUCAGGCUGUGGGGACAGACACUUUAAGAUAGGCAUCAGACUUCCUUGAUGGUCCAGCGGUUAAGACUCCGCACUUCCAUUGCAGGGGACGAGGGUUGGAUCCCUGGUUGGGGGAGUUCCACAUGCUGUGAGAUGUGGCCAAAAUAUAAUAAUAAUAAAUAAAAUAGGAGUUAAGAUAGGCCUCAGUAGGGUCAAAGCAGACCCAGAGUGGACGACAGUGAUGCUCCAGGAGCCCUGGGAGACCUGUAUGUUUAGCACAGAUCUCUUGUGCUCAAGUGUAUGUUAUGAUCCUCUGUGUUGUUUCUGACUUAAAUAAUAAUUUAUCAGUGGUAUUCCAUAAAAAGCAGGAAGUUCAGUAA